AUUUCAUAACCGAACUCUUCAGUUAUCCUGUCAUCAUCGUAUAUACAAGGAGCGACGACGAGCACGUACCGAGUCGCCUGUCCUGCUCUCCACCGACCGUUCACGGUGCCGAGUUGCUCAUUUCCGGUUCCGCAAUGGUCUCGUCAUUGUCGGUGUUAGCGGCAGCUACCCUGGAGCGCGUUUGUGGGGUACAUAAAUUGACAUGAUGGAAGAAACAAAAGAAGAGAUGUCACCGACAGGCAGCACUUUGGGCCGGCAGUGCAUGUUCAUUCCCACCCACCACCGUCUUUUUCGUUGAUGCCUGGCUUUUCGCUGCCGUGGUCGCGCGACGUCAACGACGACGACGAGUCGUCGCCUUGGGAAAGAGGCGUACCGACGCCGCGCUCAACAGUCGGUUUUUUCUACCCACCACCUUCAUCUUCUAUCCCACCGGUACCGACAGACCUACCCAACAAUACUAAUACAAUAUCUUCUUCUAAUAACGUCCAUGCCGACGCCCACGCUCCUUCACUUCCCCGUAAUUCAACUCUCCGAGUGCAUGAAAAGGCUGCGCAGGUAACCCAGGGAGUACUACCGCCAUCCUGGCUGCCGCCAACGACCAUUUUCCAGACAUGCAUUCUUCUUCUAUUCUUUCUGCCCCUCCCACCGCUGUUUUCUACUAUAUAUGCAGCUCUGGGAGGGGCUAUUCUCGGUGGGCACGUCCCAGUCAGGUCUUUCGCAGAGGCAGGAGCGACUGGGGGCACUAUACUAGCACUACCACUGGCGCUCGCGAUUUGGAUACUGCUCGCUCCAGAGAAGCAAUCCCCCAGAGAGGAUUUCUUCGAUGACGACGAGCCUCAGACGUGGUGGACUCGUUGGGGAAAAUUCGUGCUGUGCGGGUUUAUACUAGUCUUUGUCGGCGUUGCCACUUGCCCUCUGGGCGCCGUUUGCAUCCCGGAAGAGGAUAACAGAGACUUGGAAGCAGGCAAAGCAGCAUUGGCCGCGCUGGUCGGUGGGAUCGUUUUCUGUAGUGCUUUGGGGGUUAUCUUUGCUUUGGGGGUUUUGUCGUAUUGGCAAUACGCGAGGAGAAGAAAAUGAGCGCUCAGAUUCAGCCAUUCUUUAUUGUUGUAAUCUAUUCGUACAUAUUUAGAGGGAUCUGUAUUUGCUGCUGUUGUUGUAUUGUGGACACUGCUAUUUGCUUUGCGUUGACUCCUUGAAACGUGAACCAUACAUGUCGGCAUUUCUCUGUGAAGGGCCGGGGACUGAAACAAUUUUUUCGCAAAAUGAUCUGCUGCCUGUCGAAUUCGACCCGGGCCCCCAGCGAUGUUCGCAAAACCAUAGGGAUGGUACAUUGACAUGGACAAGACGUUCAAGCUAACUUUGGGCAACUCAAUACGAUCAGUAUGAUUACGUAGAGCUACGGAGGCGUCACGCGUCACGGGCGAUCAAAGCUCUGAUUCGGAAAAACCUGGUAUCUGAGCACGGGACAAUGUGCCGGAAUGUUGCGUUGCCGUCAUUAGAGAA